UUGGAUAUGACCUUGGUUGGGUACAUGCUUACAACACUAGACACCGCCUGCAUUAAAUUUCCACCAUUUUUCAUAUGAGUCCUGUUAUUGUCGCGAUGGAGCAACCGUCGUAUAAAAGACCGUUUUGCUCGGACAGCUUCUUCAAUCUUACAGAAGUUUGGGGAUCGGAUUUCAAGUUGUCAGAGUGUUUCCAAUUUUCUAUGCUUACAUUUCCUGGAUUAACCUUGUUUUGCAUGUUUAUACUGUCCGUGCUAUUCAAAAAACACACGUGGAACCUUCCUAUUGCUUUGAUAAAAUUCGGAAUUUUACAAUGUCUUCGAAUGGUUCUUUGUUCUGGAAUUGCUGUAUGUGUAAUUAUAUUACUGGUAUCAACCAUAUGUAUGGAGGUUUUCUACUCUCUUCCUAUUGACUCUGUGCAGUACUUCUCCAUGACCAUUUUGUUUGUCUCAGUUGUUUCUCAUAUGCUAUUAGUCGAGUAUAAACGCCGUGCUUGUCAACCACGCUCACAAAUGCUGUUUGCUUUUACGUGCUUAAUAAUUGUAUGCAUGUUACCCCGUCUUUAUGGUCUAUUAUAUGCUGGAAAAGGAUGGUCGGACCAAUUUACAUUUUACUGGAUUCAUGCAGCUACCAUCUCUGUCUAUAUAUGUCUGGCUUUUGGAGAGCUGCUUAUUCAGUUUUUCUCACCGUUUAAUGAACAAAAUUCUUUGCUUGAUGACAAAGACGCCUGUCCAGAGUUAUGGGCCUCUGUUCCGGCUUUAUGGACUUUCAGUUGGUUGACAAGUACUAUUUGGAAAGGAUUUCGAGGUCAAAUUAACAGUCCUUCAGAUAUGUUUCAUAUACGUCCUGAAGAUUCAGUUAAUGAAAGUUAUGGUCGAUUUAAGCGUGCCUGGCGUAGAUCCUAUAAUCUUUGGUUCACGAGAAAGAAAUCAGAAACGCCAUUUUCAAAUGUUAUGGAUGAUGAUGUGCCGUUGUUGACGGACUUUGAAGAGAAUAAUGAAGAUACUGAAAAUGUCUCAAAUGAUGCAAAUAUGUUGAAUGCAACACCUGAUGUUGAUAUCUUGUCACCAUCUACUACUAAUAACAACUCAAACUCACAUAAUCUAGAAGUAUGUAAGCAGAGUACAAUUAAAGCCAGUCCUGCACGUGCCACAUGGGGAUUAUUCUAUGCUCUUAUUUCAUCUUUUGGUUUGCGUCUAUUUUGCGGGUGGAUUUUAAUCUCGGCUGCUGUAUUCUUCAACUACAGCUCACCAUUGUUACUCGGGAUGUUACUUCGAUUUCUUUCCAAACCUGAAGCUCCAUCAUGGCAAGGAUAUUUUAUUGCAUUUUCAAUGCUAUUUCUUCAGUCAAUAUCAGUUUUGGUGGAUCAAAAGGGUUUUUACUCUUGUUUAUCCUUGGGAAUAUCUGUUCGAUCAGCCCUUACAUCUGCAAUUUAUCGAAAAUCUCUUCGACUAUCUUCUGAAGCUCGAAGCCAGUAUACAACGGGGGAAUUAAUAAAUUUGCUCAGUGUUGAUGUGAAUCGUAUAAAAGAACUUUUUAUGUUCUCGUUCCUUGUUUGGGAUGCAUUCAUUGAAUUUGGUUUGUCGUUUAUUUUGUUAUGGCGUCAACUUGGUUCAGCUGCGAUAGCUGGUGUUGGAUUUUUGUUGCUAGUAUUGCCACUUAAUUGUUUACUGAUAUGGGCUACUCAAAAAUUUGAGAUUCGUGAAAUGAAAUAUAAAGACAAGCGUAUGAAAUGCUUAGGCGAAGUGCUUGCUGCUAUACGUGUGGUUAAACUUUAUGCAUGGGAAAAGGCGUUUCAAUCUCAAGUCAAGUCAAUUCGUCAAUCUGAACUAAUUGAACUAUUACGUGUCGCCUUAGGCUGGGGUCUAUGCCAUGUUGUUUGGAAUUUGGCUCCGUAUAUUAUUUUAUUGAUAACGUUUGUUACUUAUUUAAGAGAGUUCUUAUUCGCCAACCACAAUGUAUUGUUAGAUAAUUGGGUCGGAAAUACCACUGAUAUCCCUACACCUCAAUUGUUAACACCUGAACGGAUUUUUGUCAGUGUCAGUUUGUUCAAUUUACUACGUAGUCCACUACUUCUUUUGCCAUGGAGUCUUUCAUCUUCAAUAAUGGCCUUUGUUUCGAUUCGCCGCCUUGGUUUAUUUCUUUUAGCUGAUGAGUUAGAAUAUUAUUCCUCUGAUAAAAACUCCUAUUCUCUUGAUGAAAAGUCAACAGAUGCUAUUACUUUUGAGAAUGCUUCGUUUUCAUGGACUAAAACUGGUCCGUUGACAUUACGAAAUUUGAAUGUACGCAUCUCUCGUGGGUGGCUUGUCGCAGUCGUUGGCAACGUAGGUUCUGGAAAGUCAUCUUUCUUAUCAGCCUGUCUGUCUGACAUGUUCAAACGAAGUGGAAAGGUUUCUGUUAAAGGUUCCAUUGCUUAUGUUUCACAAACAGCUUGGAUACAACAACAAUCUCUACAAGAAAAUAUUCGUUUUGUCACAUCCAGCGAUCCUACUCAGUCAAAUCCAGUUGCAGAGCAAAUUGAAGAAUUAUGGUAUAAAAAUGUUGUAUCUGCAUGCGCUCUUGAAACGGAUAUUGCUCAUCUUCCCGCUGGUGAUAAGACAGAAAUUGGUGAGAAAGGUGUCAAUUUGUCAGGAGGUCAAAAACAACGCGUUAGUUUAGCUAGAGCUGUAUAUCAGCGUUCAGAUAUAUAUCUGCUAGAUGACCCAUUAUCAGCAGUCGAUACACAUGUUGGGAAACAUUUAUUCGAUAACGUUAUAGGUCCAGAUGGUCUUCUAAAAGAUAAAACUAGAAUCAUGACAACUAAUUCAUUUCAUUGGCUAUCUUCUGCUGAUUGGAUUAUUGUUCUUAACACUAAUGGUGAAAUCACUCAAUCUGGAACUUAUAAUGAGGUUGUAAAUAAUAACUCAGGUCAUUUUGCUAAUUAUCUAGAGUCUAUCAAGAAAGAUAAGAUAAAUGAUGAAACAAUGAAUGAAAGUAACCAUAGAAAGUCUUCAUUUACAACUCGCUUUGGUCGGUCAUGUAGUGUGGUUGUUCCACAUAGUUCAUCUCAUCCUAUCGGAAUUUUGUCUCGAAGUCCACCAUUGAAUGCAACAAAAAAAUUAUCCCUAGAAUCAUCUGUUUCCUUUUUAAAACCCAUUAAUUUCACUGAUGUUACUACUUACAAUACCACUUCAAAGCAUGACAAUAAUGAGCAAAUAAUGCCUACUGGUGAAGCACUAAAUGAUUUGAUCGAUUUUAGAUCUGAGCAGGAGGUGACUCAUCGUCGUUCUCCAACUAGCAUAAGUAUUACAAAUUUGAAUGCUAGCACAUCAGAUGAUGAUAAAUUUGAAAAUGAUGAUCUUGAACAUGGAAAAUUCAUGACUGAUGAAGAAAUUAUGCACGGUCAUGUAUCGUGGUCAGCCUACUGGGAGUAUUUCCGUGCUCGGAGUGUAUCUGUAACGUUUAUCAGUGUUCUGUCUUAUGUGGGAUUCUUAGGUGUACAGGCAUUUUGUAGUUAUUGGUUACAAUGGUUUGCAGAUGACCAACAAUUGAUUGAAGCUGAACAAGCCUUUCAAAAUACUACUAUAAUUAGUAAUGAAACUGCUCGUCAGAUAUUAAUAGAACAGAUUAAAGAUAGAAUAUUAUAUUAUAUUAUAGGUUACGCAUGGGCUGGUUUAGGUCAGACGGUGUUAAUUUUAAUAUUUGCGCUACUUAAUGCGUAUUCUAAUCUGAGAGCUUCAAAUCUAUUACAUCAACAGCUUUUAUCGAAAAUUCUUCACGCUCCAGCUAGUUUCUUUGAUCACACACCUUUAGGUCGUAUAUUGAAUCGAUUCAGUAAUGAUGUUGACAAUUUAGAUCAUACCAUACCGAACUCAUUUAGUGAUACCAUCGAGACUACUGGAGAUGUUGUUAUUUCACUAGUGAUUGUUUCUGUUACUCUACGUCCAUUUGGAAUAGGAUUGGCAGUGAUUAUUCCUGUAUUUAUAUUUUGCAUAACUGUUUUAAUAUUUUAUAUGCCUUCUGUUAGACAAACACGUCGAUUGGAUGCAAAUACUCGUUCACCAUUGUUAACCAAUUAUAGUGAAACGUCAGCUUCGUCUUUAGGUGUCACUGUUGUUCGAGCAUUUAAACGUGAUAAAGAAUUUAUUGCUAAAUCUGAUAAAUUGAUUGAUGCUAACGCGGUUUUCGAAUAUGCACGCUUUGUUGCUAACCGGUGGCUAGAUAUUCAUCUAAAUUUAUCUUGCAGCCUUAUGGUAUUUGUAUGUGCUGUAAUUGUGGUUGCUUUUCGAUCAAAAAUAUCUCCUGGUAUCGCUGGCUUAAUCAUAGUUUAUGCUCUGCAAGUAUUUGAUUCGUUAACAUGGGUUAUUAAACAGUUAUCUCAAUUGGAAACAAGUUCUGUUUCAUUGGAAAGAAUAUGUGAAUACAUCCGAGUUGAACAGGAAGCUGACUGGGAUCAUGGAGUGGAUAGUCCUCCUCCAAUUGAUUGGCCGAGACCUUGUUGUGAAAUCACAUUUAACAAAGCUACUGUCCAAUAUCAUUUGCCUACAAAGAACAAAGUAACUGAUAAUCAUGACUUAUCACUUAGUCAAAAGACAUCGAAUUCUGGACGAUUAGUUACAGCAUUGAAAUCUAUUGAUCUUAAAUUAAGUGGUAAUCCACAAGAACGCCGUAUAGGAAUUGUUGGUCGUACUGGAGCAGGCAAAUCAUCUUUAGCAUCUAGUAUCUUUCGUUUAAUCGAGCCUACGAUAUUAGAAGAAGAUAGAUUAGAUAUACAUAGAACAUCAACUAAACGUGGUCCAAUUCUUGUUGAUGGAGUUGAUUUGUCACGAAUUGGCCUUCAUGAACUUCGAUCCCGAUUUAGUAUUCUUCCACAGGUAAGAAUUAAAAUUUGUGUACUCGGUGCUACUUAUUUCUGUUUGAGUGUUUAUUCUGUCUUCUAUUCUAUAUCUCUUAAGUUUAUCUUCACUUGAUUUUUAAGCUACACUAUCAAAUGUAAUGGUCAGCGUGACAUUAAAUAUUCGAUUGUACACUUGAUACAUUUCAAAGGGUCGGUAAUUUCUAUUUAUUUUCUGGUGUAAUGGUUACAUUCUAAAUCCAACUGAUACUUUCCAGAACCGAUAAUUUUUGCUGGUACACUUCGAUUUAACUUAGAUCCAUUUGGUAAACUGCCUGAUAUCGAUUUAUGGCGUGCAAUAGAAUCUGCUCAUUUAACUGAUUGGGUUCGGUCGACUAAUGCCGGUUUAGAUUAUGAAUGUGGCGAAGGUGGAGCAAAUCUAUCUGCUGGUCAGCGUCAACUUGUUUGUCUAGCUCGAGUAUUCCUGUCUUCCGGCGGUCGUGUUCGUUUACUUAUUCUUGACGAAGCUACGGCUGCAAUGGAUCCAUCUACAGAUAAUUUGGUUAUGAAUACCGUAAUAGGAGAUCAGUUUAAAGACGCGACUGUUAUUAUUAUUGCUCAUCGUUUAUCCACUGUAAUGAACACAGAUAGGUAAAUGUAUCCAGUGUAACUUAGUUAAUAUUUGGUGUAAUAUAAAUUUUACUGUUACAAUUGGUUAAAAUGCAUACCUUUUAUGCUUAUGUAACAGUUCUAUUCGGGUUGAUUGAUUUCUCUUCCACAACCAAAAAAGAUGCUGAUCAAGUGCAGUCGUAAACAUUGGUGGGAAGAUUCAAAAAGCUAACACUAUAAUCUCUAGUCGGUAUCUGCGCGUUUCUUCCUAUAUUUUGUAUGCAAAUCGAUCGGAUGACUGUUAUCACAACAAUUUGCAAUGGUGUAUGAUUUUCGGAAGGCGACAUUCAGCCCAUUCUUUCCCUAGAAUAAUCAAAUAACUGUGAUUUAAAUUUAUUAUUCACACCCAUCCAACCCUGCAGUAAUGAACAAUUUGCACUCCUCAAACCUGUCAACCGUUACAAUGAAAAAUGAUGUAAUCGGUUAUUGUUGUUUUUAAAACAAAUAUAAAGCCAAUAACUUUUGCAAUGAUUACCUUUUUAAAAACAAUAAGCUCCAGUAAUCACAUUAUCAGUAGUUUAAAUUUAAUUUCGAAUGUAGUUACAAUCAGAAAUAACUUGUAUCUCAACAUCCUUUAUCCUCAUAUAUUUGGGCGUUGAACGUACGCUACUAGACAUAUUGAGGAUAUAUUUCGAUAGCAUUCAAAUUAAUCACUGUCUUUUUAAAUGUUUGUAAAUAUAUUCUUAAAACUUAUCUUUAGGAUUAAAGAAGGAGACCACUGUCCUGUCACUUCAAUGAGUUGUUGUUGUGUUGUCGUAUCUUUACCUACUGUUUUAUAUUUUAUUCAAUUGUGUUUCUGUAUGUCAGUUAGUUAAACCAUGAGGGUUUCGAAUAUGAAAAUUCACUCUGAUGUUUAUCAUUCAGAAUAGAAAAAAGACAAAAACAUUAUAUAGAAUAUAUCGCUUGUUUUCUACUGGAUACUUACAAUCUGUAAUUUGUUUUUACAUUACAUAAAGAUUAGGGUUGGAGAUUAUUUAAAAAGAAGUAAAUUCAUAAAACAAAAUUUGUAAAGUAAUUCUGAAAUUCAGUAUCUAAGGGCACAUAAAAAUGGAAUGCAUCUGCGCCAUUUUAAUUGUUUCCAAGCCAACGUCAUCAACUAUUGGUCACAAAAAUCAUACUGAUCCUAGCCAAAUACUCCACAUCCUCCAACAUGACUUAGUAUAAUAGUCAAUAACAUCAUAGAUUAAUGUUACAUUUGGCCUCAUCUAAGUUUCUUUCAACACACUCUUACACCAGCUGACAUCACAUAUCGAGGUCAGGCAACACAAUACCACUUUACUCUGCUGCUACAAUUAAUGUUUUUAUUAUAAACACCAAUAUGUAUAUACUUCAAUAUUAGAUUCUAUGAGAUCAAAUUAAAUACAGUUUCGUUUAUAUCUUAAUUGAUAUUCAGCAGUGGCUUGAUGAAAUUCGAGAAAUAUUGGACCUGAGUCGUAUAAAUUUAGCCUUCUUCAAAUAUAUGGUGAAAAUUGAUUUCAGUUACAUCUGGUUUGUUAUAAAUAUGUCACAUGGUCAAAAACUAAUUACGCAAAUUGAUAGUUGAUAAGAAAUUCUAUAUUAUGAAUAAGCAAUCAUGUUUUAAUGUAACAUAUUUCUUUUAAGAAAUAUGUAUAUAUAUUAAACCUUUUAAAAAUAUGUAUCACAUGUAGUUGUGAUAAGCAAACUGUUGAUACUCAAAAAAUCGAAUUAAUUUAGUACUGUUUAGAUUUCAGAUUGAUUUAACUGAAGUAAGAAUAACAAACAUAGUGGAAUAAGAUGAAUUCAUUUAUAUUCAGCUGUUCACAACCUAAAACACAAAACAAUAGUAAUCAUAAAAGCAUGUUUCGAUAGAAUGAACACAUAAAUAUUAGUACAAGAGGGCACCAAAUAUAUAUGCACCAUUCAAGAAUGUAGAAUAAUAUCUCAACAGCAUGUAACAACAACCAUAACAUUGGACAAAUUAAUAGAGUAAAAUGUAUAAAACUAAAAUAAAUGAUCGAAAGAAUUAUAAAAACGUUACCAGGGUAAUGUGAGAUUUACAAAUUUCCUCUUUUAAAAAUACAUUAAUAUGGUCUACAGUUUCUUUUUUUUUAAUUUCAAUAGCCCCCAGCGUUACUUAGUAAAUUCGAGAUUGUUUGAGUAUAUAAGGGUUUUAAAAUCCGGUCAGUCAGUCAGUGACAACGUAGAACUUCGUGCGUACGUAAGUACAUCAGUUCGAGUUGCCAUACCACAUUAGCACAGCGGGUUUUAGGGUUUUAAAAUAUCAACAUUUUAAGCAGAUAAAGGCUAAUGACAGUGUUUCUGUUUAAUACUGGUUAUUACGUAACAUUCAUAUGAAUGUUAUAUUAUUCAACUAUCUUUUAUUAACUAUUGUUUUUACACUGUUUUAUUUUCAAAAAAUAAAAAUAUAGGAUUGUUGUAUUAGAUCAUGGACAAGUGAUUGAAACUGGUCAUCCUCAAGACUUACUUAAUAAUCCAAAUUCUCAUUUCGCAAUAAUGAAUAAAGUGAAACAGUCUUGAAUAAAUCUGUUUUAAAUGUAUUCAAAUUAUUGAUGAUACAUGUCAUAAUAAAGAAAAACGUAAAUAAAUCCACACCUUCGACUCUAUUUGUGCAAUGUUAUAUUCAUUGAUCAUUUGAUUACAUUAGAACAUUUUAUUAUUAUAAUAUAUCUGUAUAAUUCUUAGGUAUUUUUGUUCAUAAUUGUAUACUCUUUAUUAUUUAAUAAUUUAUUUCAAUUAGUUCUUUUUCCUCUUAGCUAUUAUUAAUACUACUAUCGCCAUCAUCAUUAACACCGUUAUUAAUAUUAUUAUUACUAUUGUUGUUUUGUUAGAUAGAAACACAUUAAGGUCAUAUUGAACGAUUAUUUUAUAGUGAAUAAUAAACAUUUUCAGUCAUCUUGAAUAGAUUACAAAUGUCCAUUUUGUUUAUAUCAAUUAUAUUCAACGUGUUUCAUGUUAUUCUAUUUUGUUUUGAUUUGUAUGAAUAAAAUUUUAAUGAUUUAUACUGAUGAAGUGAUCUUAUCUUGUCAUUUAAAGUUAUGAGAGUUUUCAAUUCAAUUAUAAGUAAAAACUUCCUGA